AUAGCAGAGAGGUUGUUCUAAAGGUGGAUGAUAGGGGAAGGAAGUUUGUUCUGUAAGUAACAUGCUUAUCUGGGAAUUAGAAGCAGCUCUUCACAGAGAUGAUGUCGAGUUUAUCAGUGACCUGAUCGCCUGCCUACUUCAGGGCUGCUAUCAACGAAGGGAUAUCACGCCUCAGACAUUCCACAGCUACCUAGAGGACAUCAUCAACUACCGCUGGGAGCUUGAAGAAGGGAAGCCCAACCCUCUGAGAGAAGCCAGUUUCCAAGACCUACCCCUUCGUACUCGUGUGGAAAUACUACACCGCCUCUGUGAUUAUCGGCUAGAUGCAGAUGAUGUCUUUGAUCUUCUCAAGGGUCUGGAUGCAGACAGUCUCCGUGUGGAACCAUUGGGUGAAGACAAUUCCGGGGCACUCUAUUGGUAUUUCUAUGGAACACGAAUGUAUAAGGAGGACCCAGUGCAAGGAAAAUCCAAUGGAGAACUCUCUUUGAACAGGGAAAGUGAAGGACAAAAAAAUGUCUUAGCAGUUCCUGGGAAAACAGGAAAAAGAAGAGGAAGACCCCCAAAACGGAAGAAAGUCCAGGAGGAGAUUAUAGUGAGUGAAAAGCAGGAAGAAAACUCCUUGACAUCCGAGCUACAGACAAGAAAUGGGUCCCAAGGGCCAGGUCAAGGUACCUGGUGGCUCCUGUGCCAAACAGAAGAAGAAUGGAGACAGGUCACUGAGAGUUUUCGGGAGAGAACCUCCCUUCGAGAACGGCAGCUCUAUAAGCUCCUCAGCGAGGACUUCUUGCCCGAGAUCUGCAACAUGAUUGCCCAAAAGGGAAAACGUCCACAGCGCACAAAGGCAGAGUUGCAACCUAGGUGGAUGUCUGACCACCUGUCCAUCAAAUCCAUCAAGCAAGAGGAGACCCCUGUGCUUACCAGAAUAGAAAAACAGAAGCGCAAAGAGGAGGAGGAAGAGCGUCAGAUUCUCCUAGCAGUGCAGAAGAAGGAGCAGGAGCAGAUGUUAAAGGAAGAGAGGAAACGAGAGUUGGAGGAAAAGGUCAAGGCAGUGGAAGAUCGAGCAAAGAGGAGAAAGCUCAGGGAAGAAAGGGCAUGGCUACUGGCUCAAGGGAAGGAGCUCCCUCCAGAACUUUCCCAUCUGGACCCUAACUCCCCCAUGAGAGAAGAAAAAAAGACUAAAGACCUCUUUGAGUUGGAUGAUGACUUCACUGCCAUGUACAAAGUUCUCGAUGUGGUAAAGGCUCACAAGGAUUCCUGGCCCUUUUUGGAACCUGUAGAUGAAUCUUAUGCCCCAAACUAUUACCAGAUUAUUAAGGUCCCCAUGGAUAUCUCAAGCAUGGAGAAGAAACUGAAUGGAGGUUUAUACUGUACCAAGGAGGAAUUUGUAAAUGACAUGAAGACUAUGUUCAGGAAUUGCCGAAAAUACAAUGGGGAAAGUAGUGAAUAUACCAAGAUGUCUGAUAAUUUAGAGAGGUGUUUUCAUCGGGCAAUGAUGAAGCAUUUUCCUGGUGAAGAUGGAGACACAGAUGAAGAAUUUUGGAUCAGAGAGGAUGAAAAGCGAGAGAAGAGACGGAGCCGGGCUGGGAGAAGCAGCGGAAGCCACGUUUGGACCCGCUCCAGGGAUUCCGAAGGGCCCAGCAAGAAACAGCAGCCAGUGGAGAAUGGAGGAAAGUCCUUGCCGCCUGCACGCCGAGCUCCCUCUUCUGGGGAUAAUCCUAGCAGCAGUUCCACACAGCUCCCUCGGGAGGGGAGCACCUCAAACGGCCGGGGCUUUUCUCGUUCCCUCCAUUAUGGGGGGAUGCCCAACCAGGCACCUCUUUUAAACCAGAUGAGGCCAGCAGUACCAGGAACAUUUGGCCCUCUUCGAGGAUCAGAUCCUGCCAAUUUAUAUGUCUCCUCUAGAGUCCCAGAGCCACACCCUGGAGAGCCUAUACAGCAGCAUCAGCCUUUUGCCAUGCAGCCUCCAGUUGGAGUUAACAAUCACCGAGGACCCAGGCUGGGCACCCCAGAAGAGAAGCCAGUGUGUGGGGGACUGACACACCUUACUAACAUAGGAUCACAUCCUGGAUCCUUGCAGCUUAGGCAGAUGGGUGGCCCCAGUCAGGAUGGAAAUAUUUAUCCCCCAACUCAAUUCCAGUCAGGAUUUAUUCCUCCCAGGCAUGGUGGGGCUCCAGGCCGACCCCCAGACUUUCCUGAAAGCUCAGAAAUUCCUCCCAGCCACAUGUACCGAUCAUACAAGUACCUGAAUCGAGUACACUCUGCUGUCUGGAACGGGAACCAUGGUGCUACAAACCCAGGACCCUUGGGCACGGAUGAGAAGUCCCCCAUGGGGCCAGGACCCUCUCAACAGCCUCGCACUCUUGGUCAUAUGAUGGAUUCCCGAGUGAUGAGACCUCCUCUCCCUCCAAACCAGUGGACUGAACAAUCAAGCUUUCUACCUCAUGGAGUUGCUUCUUCAGGGUAUAUGCGACCACCCUGUAAAUCUGGUGGACUUCGGUUACAGCCACCUUCAACCCCAACACCAAGUUCUCUAUUUGGAGCACCCUCCCAGGCUCUGCGGGGGGUGCAAGGAGGGGACUCCAUGAUGGACAGCCCAGAGAUGAUUGCCAUGCAGCAGCUUUCUUCCCGAGUUUGCCCACCAGGUGUGCCUUACCAGCCCCGACAGCCGACACCGCCCCAUUUACCUGGACCUUUUCCACAGAUAGCUCACUCGGCGUCAGUAAGUGUGUCAGCCCCCAAGCCUACCCUGGGGAAUUCCGGGAGGACACAGGAUAACAGUGAAACCCAAGAGCCUGAAAGUGACCGAGCAGAUCCCUUGCCUGGGUUUGAAGAGAAACCACCAAACAUUGGUGGUUCGGAGGGGGUGUACCUCAAACAACUACCUCACCCUACACCUCCCUUGCAGACCGACUGUACCAGGCAGAGCUCACCACAAGAAAGGGAAACAGAGGGCCCAGAGCUUAAAAGCGACUCUUCAGAAUCUGGAGACAACUGUAAAGCAACAAAGAGCAAGAAUACCUGGCCCCCAGAGAGCAGCUAUACCAGCCCAGCCACUCAAGGAUGUAUGCGAGACCUCUCCACUCUGGCAGAUAGAGGGGCUCUACCCGAAAAUGGAGUCAUUGUUGAAGCAUCCCCUUGUGGAUCAGAGGGGAAGGGCCUCGGUGGUAGUGGUCCAGAAAAGCCACUCUGCCCCAGAGGCAAAGUGCUACAGGAAACCAUGCCGUGUGCAGGACAGAACCCAGCUACACCUCCCAACACAGACCCCAGUUUGAUGGGAGGCACCGUAAGCCAGUUUUCUCCCUUAUACAUGCCUGGCUUGGAAUACCCAAAUUCAAGUACCCAUUAUCACAUCAGUCCAGGCCUGCAAGGUUUGGGCCCUGUGAUGGGAAGUAAACCCUCAGUAUCCCAUCCUCAGCAUUUUCCCCCUAGGGCCUUUCAGUCUAACAACCCUCAUUCUGGAGUCUUUCCCCGGUAUCGCCCCCACCAAGGAAUGAGGUAUUCCUACCAGUCACCACCUCAGCCUUCCUACCAUCACUAUCAGCGAACUCCUUAUUAUCCGUGUCCACAGGGCUUUUCUGACUGGCAGAGACAUCUUCAUCCCCCGGGAAGCCCAAGUGGGCUCCCACCUAAUCCUCCUCCCCCACCAAGGCCCCUCUUCUCAGAUAAGAGCACCUUGGCUAAUCUGCAAGGCUGUGAGACACUGAAUGCUGCCUUAACUUCCCCAACCCAAAUGGAUGUGGUGGCUGCUAAAGUAGUCUCAGCUGAUGGGCAGAAUCCUGGUCCAGAGGAAGAAAAGCUGGAUGAAUCUAUGGAGAGGCCAGAGAGUCCCAAAGAAUUUUUAGACCUGGACAACCAUAAUGCGGCUACCAAGCGACAGAGCUCAUUGUCAACCAACGAAUAUCUUUAUGGAACUCCUCCUCCAUCUCUGAGUUCAGGAAUGGGAUUUGGUUCAUCUACUUUCCAACCCCAUGGUGUGAUGCUACAGACAGGACCUCCUUACACACCUCAGCGGCCAGCCAGUCAUUUCCAGUCCAGAGCUUACUCUUCCCCUGUGGCUGCUCACCCGCCUCACCACCCAGUGGCUGCCCAGCCCAACGGCCUCUCUCAGGAAGGCCCCAUCUAUCGCUGCCAAGAAGAUGGCCUAGGUCACUUUCAAGCAGUAAUGAUGGAACAGAUUGGCACUGGAAGUGGACUAAGGGGACCUUUCCAAGAAAUGUACAGAUCAUCAGGAAUGCAAAUGCAUCCGGCCCAGUCACAGGCCUCGUUCCCAAAGACCCCAGCACCAGCAACGGCACAGGAAGAGCUACCACCACAUAAGCCCCCAACACUUCCUCUUGAUCAGAGCUAGUCCAAGGAGGAAAUAAACCCCAAGGAAACAGAAAGCUGCACAUGAAGACGGGAACAUGGAGAAUUUAGGGGAACGAUCUGUGCCCAUCUCUGUUCCUGUUAUCCCGCCACACCCCUUCACACUGCGUCACUCAUGCCAUCCAGGAACUGGAGCCAUUCACAGAGUCCUAGACCAACACCAGCCUGCAGCGUCCUGGGGCGGGGAUCUUUUGCAUGGCUGAUUGUUGAAAACAGAUGAACUGAUACUAGUGAUGGCUUUUCUAAGUCCUGAAACUCUUUUUUCAGGGAAGAUCAUCCUAAACUUGGGGGAGGGGUCGUACUUAUGAACGGAGUGGUGCUUGUAAACUUUCGUGAGCAGCUAAACUCAGGUAUAUAUUUGGGGAAGGGACUACUCGUAGUAUUAAUGUGUUUGGAGCUGGGUCCAGUUUACAGAAUUUUCAUGUUGCCUUUUAAAAAUAAUUUUUGUUGUUGGUGGUGAAUGUA